GCGGGUACCUUGAUUGUCCUUUCAUAAUUGUGUAAUACAGUAGUAGCUAGACAAUAGAAUAGAUUUGAGAAACAUGUGGCCUUACAGAUUAAUGCAAAAAUAGAAUUCACAUAUAUGUGCAGUUGUACAAUAGUAAAUAUACAAUUAUAUAAUAUAUGAUAAAUAAGCCAAUAAAAAUGGUUAGCAUCGCUAAUAUUAUUAUUAAAGAUGUGCUGAUAUUUUGUAGUGUCUGUUUGCCAAAUAAAAUGCUAAACAACUUAUGUGAAUAAAUUUAGGGGUUGUACAAUGUCAACUGACUGACAGUUCAGGGACCACAAACGCGUUUAUUAAUGUUAUUAAAAGGCUGUUUUUGUUGAUAAUGUUACUGUAACUGUGAUUUAUAAAGAUGAUGCAUUCUUGCUACGCCCCCUGACAUUCUGCUUCCUAUAGGCAUCUGCAUUUUUCGACUUUGCCACGAGCGAAAAAAGGACAUUUGGUCACAUCAUGCAAAUAUGCAGACGUGCACACGCUGCCCCUGCAUGCAAAGCAAUGUCUCUCUCUCUCUCUCUCUCUCUCUCUCUUUCACAUUUUCUCUCUGUGUGAGCGAGAAGUCGUUGUCUGGUGAAGCUGCCUCCCAUGCUCAAAUCAGUCCGUGCACGUCUGUCCUCCUGUGAGAAUUCUCCUCAUCGUUCACCAACAAGUGUCAAGGAGCCAGCUGCGCAUGCUCCGUGCGCUCACUUUGCGCCUCCUCGCCUGAGACCUGUGUUGUUCAGCUGCGGACGUCGCUGCGAGAUCGUCUGGUGCGCGUUUGAAUGAUCUCUUUUAGCAUCCAUCUGCCAAGGAAAUAAAUGAUGCCCGACAGACUUUCCAUCAUCAGCAUUAUCACCAGCCUAUAGCCAAGCCGGAUGAAAAAACGAAAAGCAAAGGUGGACACCACAAGUCAGUGUGUCUUUCAUCUCAGUCGGCUUACCCAACGAGAGACGAUCACUCACUCUGUGUCUACAGGGGCUGCGUGCCCAUAGCAGCAGGCAGGUACGAGAUGAUGCUCUGAGUGUGUAGACAGGAGCGGAUAAUAACCCUCGCUGGACCAUCGCCAUGGAGACGGGAUCUCCAGAGGGUUCGCUACAGUGUUUGAUAUGAAAAAUCUCUCAGGUAGACCCGUGUCAGUUCAGUGGUCUGAACUCCUUGUUUUGUCUGUGUGCAGGUAAUGGGCAAACGCUGCAAAUGCAACAGUAGACUGCUGUGCAUGUGCCUGCUGCCCUGCAUGAUGACGGGCCACCUCGUGAUUUAUGUGAUGGUGUCCAUAUUCGUCACCCUCUCCUACACUCCUCCAAAAGUAACCGUGCACUACGUUGCCCCGGGGACUUCCGCCAACUCUUCUGCUCUGGCCUCUCACCCACUUGGCCCCUUCUGGAACCUUCGCCUGGAGGACAGCGCUCUGUGGAACCAGUUGCAGCACGUCUGGGAUCGUCAGCACAAUCCGCUGCUGCGGGUGAACACGACUGCCGUAAUGAGGAAGCCGAAAGCGAAGCUCUUAUCACAAAUCAAGGAUGAGUGCCUCUCCGACUGCAUGUCACACAGGUGUUCAAUCCCUCGUAUGAAUGAUUUCAACAGCCUGCCGGAUCAAAUGAAGGCGUUCAUAAGAUCAAUGCACUGCAGGGAGUAUCCGCUCCUCAUUAAUCAGCCUGGUAUCUGUAAGAAGAACAACAAUAGCUUGGGUCUGGAUGCUCCCAUGCUCCUCAUGGCCGUCAAAUCUCAGGUGGGGAACUUCGAGAACAGGCAGGCCAUCCGCGAAACGUGGGGACGCAGCGGCCUGGUGAAGGGGGAAUCGAACAAGAGAGGCGGAUCAGUGCGCACUGUGUUUUUACUCGGAAGGCAGGACUCGAGCACGGGUCCCCACCCAGACCUCAAAAACCUCCUGGAUCUGGAGAGCCAGAAAUAUGGGGAUAUCCUACAGUGGGAUUUCCGAGACACCUUCUUUAACCUGACGCUGAAGGACUUGCUGUUUUGGCACUGGCUCCGGCAGCACUGCCCCACGGCCGUCUUUGUGUUCAAAGGCGACGACGACGUGUUCGUCCGAACAGGUGCCCUCCUGGACUACCUGCACAAGCAGUGGGAGGAGCACAACCAGUGGAGAGUUUACACAAAUGACACUGCCAUGGACCUGUUUGUGGGGGACGUGAUCAAUAACGCCAUGCCCAACCGCGAACCAUCCACCAAAUACUACAUACCAGAACGCUUCUACAAAGGCGGCUACCCGCCGUACGCAGGUGGAGGAGGGGUGGUGUACUCUGGCUCACUUGCGCUGCGACUGAAAGAGGUGUCAAAGAAGGUGCGCAUGUUCCCAAUAGACGACGUGUAUCUGGGAAUGUGCCUGCACAGACUCGGGCUGUCGCCGGUCCAUCACCCUGGUUUUCUCACGUUUGAUCUCCCGGAGACGGACAGGGGCAACCCCUGUGCCUACAGGUCCGUCCUGCUGGUUCACAGACGGAGUCCCAAGGAGAUGCUGACGCUGUGGCAGCAGCUCCAGAGCCUCCCCGGCCAAUGCUGAGGCUCAUUUACCUGCCAAAUAGGAUUCAUUGAGUGCAGGGCGAACGCCGCCACCGCUCUCAGUGGAAAAAUGUAAACACUGUGUGACUGCAGAUUCCUGUCAGGCAGGCGGUGCCCUAUGAUGGUCGCAUGCAAUCUACCUUACCUCCAAAGAGGAGGAGACUGAUCUACCUCAAAGGGUACUUUUAUUUUGAGGGCAUUACACUUAUUUAUUUUACUACCCUAUAAUAAGAAUGUAAAUACUUUCAUUAUCUUUGUGGUGCGUUUGCUGGUGAUCAUGAAUUAUUUCUUUUUCUGGUUUAAAGUGAAAUUUAAGUGUCUCACGUUCAGUUUGCCCGACACUGAAAAUGCAACUGAUCCUGGUGAAACUGAUGUUGACUCGCUACAGUAAGUUUGUAGUAUUGGUGAUAAUUUAUAGCAAAAUCUGACAGGGAUUAUCUUAAAGAAAAAGUUAAAAAAGAAGUACUUAACGUGUUUGUCCUGCACAGAUGCAGGUUUAAAAGAGCGACGCUCAGGUGAUAGACAUUGUUUUUCACUCGCAGUUACAGAAAUACCACAAAAAUCCCAUUAUGGAUUUUUUUUUAAUCAAUAGGCCCGACUGGUAAUGUUAUGCAGUUGUCUUGAAAUUAGAAGGGGCGGGUAUUAUUGGAAAUGAACACACAUGAAUGUUUCUUGUUGCUGUCCUUGAGGAUAGCUAUAAAAAAUUAAUGAUUUUAGGGAAAUAAAUGUUUGUCUCUGAAAGCACACUCUUUUAUAAGUCUUAUUUAUAGUCCUAUAAUGAAAUUCUAUGGUGAUUGCAACAAAAUGGACGAUCCACUAACCAUCAUAUCUCAAAAUGCAGGUAAGCAUUGAGCUGCCCAUAAAUAAUCAAUCCUUGCAGAAGGAUACAACUUGGGUGAAUAUUUACUCGGAGAAUUUAUAGUCUGCUCACUGGAGAGUUUAGGGGGUCGGUCUUUUCACAUAGCUGCAUUUUUCUAAGCUCUGCAACAUGCUUUGGAUCAUGACUAUUUCAACACGAUACAAAUGAGCCAUUUGCAGAGCUUGGGAGGGAAAAAAAAUCGUAGGUAAACCGAGCAAAACCUUCUAUCUGGCCUCCAUCAUUGAUCGUAGUACUAAUAGGCCGACAGUGGCGGCAGAGUAAUGUGGUUUCAGAGGAAGGAAGAGGAAAACAUAGCUUAUAUAAGGAGAACAUGAGGAGAUUUACUGAGCGGCUGAACUUUAAUGAAGUGGAGUAGAGAGAGAUGGAGCCGAAGUUAUUUGAGUUUUUGGGUCGUUAUUUAAUUUACCUACAGGCCAAAACUGCUCUAAACACUUUUUUAAUAUAACCACAUUAUCUCCACCAAUACUUCUUCUAAUGUUAAAGAUUGGUUGUUUUUACUUCCAGUAGUAUCUAGCAUGGUCACAUACCACCUGAGGCAAUUGCGUACUGCACUGUGGGUGAAGUUUUAAUGACAGCUGGUGUUGAAGUGCUGCAAAUGC